ACUGAAGCCCCUGUCAACCUGCGUUUUGCGCUAAGCUAAGCUAGCCUUAAACCAUGUGUGUUUCCUUCCGGAAUGACUUCUAACACAACUCUACCUCAGUGACUUAAAGACUGUGUUUAUAUCACUAACUGUUGAAGACGAUGGGGGGGUCUCAGAGCUCGUUUCUGUCGGACGGGGGAACUUCUAGUGGAUAUCAUGUUCAUGGGCUUCAGGAGGACUCUCCCGCUCUGAGGGCCGGUCUGGAGCCUUUCUUUGACUUCAUUCUCUCCAUAGGGAAUACCCGCCUUAACAAAGAGAGCGACCUGCUGAAAGACCUUCUAAAGGCCAAUGUGGAGAAAGCGGUCAAACUCGAAGUGUACAACUCUAAAACCCAGCGGGUGAGGGAACUGGAAGUCACUCCCAGUAACAUGUGGGGGGGGCAGGGUCUGCUGGGCGCCAGUGUUCGCUUCUGCAGCUUUGAAGGAGCCAAUGAGAACGUUUGGCACGUCUUGGAUGUGGAAACCAAUUCUCCUGCAGCUUUGGCCGGCCUUAUUGCUUAUGAUGACUUCAUCGUAGGAGCGGACCAGGUGUUGCAAGAUUCAGAGGAUUUCUUUUCUUUGAUUGAAGCCAACGAGGGGAAGCCUCUGAAGCUGCUGGUGUACAACACUCAGACCGACAACUGCAGGGAGGUGGUGGUGACUCCCAAUGGAGCAUGGGGAGGAGAGGGGAGCUUAGGCUGUGGCAUUGGCUACGGCUACCUGCACAGAAUCCCCUCUCGCCUUGCUCUGCCUCAACCAGAGAACACACACGCUCAGCAGUCCACGGUGAUGGACGGCAGUGAAGAGCUGCUAACAACAAGCGAACCCACAGAGGUGUCUUCAGAGGAUGCGCAAAUCCCUUUAAGCAUUGGUGAAAUAGAUUUGAAUCAGAAGGAAGCAGCUGUGCAGGACUUGUUUGUACCAUCGCCCUCUCAGCCAGCUGUGGACUCAGAGGUUUCCCCUAUACCUGAUUGGGUGACUCAAGACUUGUUGGACAUGGUUUCCAAUGAUGACAUCAACCAGAGCUCCAUGAUUGUUAAUUAUGGAGAUGAGUCUGUCGAUCAGUCCGACUUUGAUACCUCAUGUGUCGACCAAAGACCCUCCUCUCCUGAGAGAGAAUCAGACAUCCAGGACACCGAGCAGGAGGAAGCUACUGACCCGAUCACUACCACUUCUGCGAGCAUUGAAGUGGAUAACCCCACAGAAAUCCCCCAGGAGAUCCUGAGUGACGGCAGUGUCCCAGAGGUGCAGGAUACUACUCCUGAGCCUGUGAGCCCUCCAGACGCUGUGGAGGACAACACCGCAGAGACUGCAGCUUCAGACAGUUAGGGAGAGUAUGAGUACAUGUCAUAUCUGCUGCUAGUUAGAAGAGUUGUAGAGCACACUAGGACACAGAAAGCUUCCCUUAUGAUUGUAAGUUGCAUCACUGGAACUGUUUUCUUUUAACGUUUUUUAUAUCCAGGUGCCAUUGCUGCAUGUUGAAUUGCACAUUUAAGAAAGAUAGUUCGUGAAAGAUGGAUAUGAAUGUAGCCUCAAGCAGGAUGAAGCCUUAGUAGCUGUUAAAAGUCGUCCUAGUUUGCACAAAAAAACCCCAAAGGUGAGUCGUUUGGUUGCUCUCACCGUUAUCCUCCGCUGAAACACUGUUAGAAGAAAAGAGUUUGAGGUGUAGUACAAACGAUCCCUCGCGUGGUUUUAUUUGUUUUAUAUGUUGGUUGUGGAUGUUUUUAUUUCCCCGUGCACAUGAGGAAACUCUUCUUUUAAUCUCAGGCAUUUUCCAUGUAAGCCUCUUUGCCUUAUGUUAGAUUUGAAUCAGUGUAAGUGAAGGAGCCUCGCAGCUCUGUGAUUGUUUUCUGUUCGUUCUCUUUCUAUAGAUUUGAAUUAAGUUAUCUUUCUGAUUUGUAUGGAUGUUAUAAAAAGAAGAUGUUCAAAGACAAA